AUGGAAGUGCCGCCAAACCAAACGAUCUACAUCAACAACCUCAACGAGAAAGUAAAGAAGGAAGGUGAGUGUAAAGAAAUUGUUAAGUAUAUGAGCAUAAUUCUAGGAAAAACGACACUCCGUUUGAGCGAACUGUGUGUGACUAAUACAGACUGUCAAUGAUGCUUUAAAAACUAUCCCUGUAUUCCAAGAGUUUCAGUUCGGAGUUGAUACUAACUCAUAAAACAGCUUUUGGACUGUUCCAGUUGUUCUCAAUAAUUACUGCCUAUUUGCCAUCCAUAAAACGAAAUGAACAAUACGCUUUUUAACAGACUGCCAAUGAUGCUCUAAAAACUAUCCCUGUAUUCGAAGAGUAUUAGACAACAUUGUUCACCUGUCAGUCUCCAGUCUCCAUCACACACCAUGUUCCAAUGCUGUUGUACUGGAUGUGAGUUCACAGAUUAUGCUUUUGAAAUAACAUGGUUGCCACAUGUCAAGAAAUGGUCAGGGAAAAGUCAGGGAAUUUCAGUUUUAGUUAGGGAAAAAUUAAAUGUUUGAAAGAAGUCAGGGAAAAGUGAAAUUUUAAGAGUACAUAUUAAUUUUCCCUUUUCUCUCUACUUUUUAAUAUUACUGUUUUCUAACAUUAAAAUUCUCUUAUACGUUUUACAGACAUGAAUCAUGUAGUAUUGGUAGAAUAAUAUUCAUGAAAUUGGACGACAAGCCAAUGUUGGCUUUUCAAGAACAUCAGUUUUUUUUGCAUGUUGUGUAAAUGAACUGUCAAUACAUGUACUGACAGGGGUUUCGUUUCAAGCCGGACACCGGACAUAAUUAUGUCUGGUUGUUUGACAUGUAACAUCUGUGGUUCACACACAAAAUAAUAAUUAAUUUUUGAAGUUUGAAAAAAGUGUGAUUUUUUUUUUUUCAUUUAUUAAUAGAGUAAAAAAUGAACAACUGACAACUGACAAUUGUAAUUGGCAAAUCAUAAUAUUUCAUUUUUUGUGAGCAUAAUACCUUCCUGGUUAACCAAUUCCGAUCCAGAGCAUACAGGAAAUUGCAUUUUAGAGAGUCCAAUAAUUUUUAAAAAUUUCCUUUGGUAGCAUGCCCUUGGCCCCCCUUAGAAGUUUUUGACUCCAGCUCUCAACAUUAGCACAUUAACACCUGCCGCACAAACAGUGCAAGGCUCUCAGCUGAACCUCUGCAUCUGACGCCUUCAAAUGCCACCAAAAACUCUGAUCUGAUGUACAUUGCACGUGACUUGCUGAAAGCAUAAAUAAAAAGGUGGAGGGGAGGGUUGAGUCCAUCAUCAGGUCUGAUGUGUGAAAUUGUUAAUUCAGUUGGUCAGGGAAAUUUUACAUUUGUCAGAGAAAAGUCAGGGAAUUUCAGAAACCUCUGGCUGUGGCAACCAUGAAUAACUAGACAGUGUCCUGUAUGUAAUUUGUACUAUAUCAGUGUCUGAUCUAAAGUGUGCUAUUGGGGGAUUGCUGCAGUUUUCAAAUACCUGUUCUGGGUCAUUUUGGCACACUUCAAAUUGUGUUUCAAAAGAAAAAGAAACAAGGAAAUGAAAUUUCUCCUUGUGCAAAAUCUUCUUAAAACAGUAUUUUGGUUUAAAUUUCAGGAGAUUAAAAGUAAAGCAAGAACCAAAAUCCAGAGAAUAUGAUGUAUGUAAAAGGCUCAAUUUUUCGAGGUCCCAGCCCCGGGCACUAGUUUUAAUAAAUACCUUAGGGGGUAGAUUGGGUAGAUCCACGUGCUUAAUUGAGAGCCCCUCUCUUGAUGAACGUGAAUGCAAAGUGAUGUCAAAACAAAUAAGGUUUUCAGCAUUUUUUGGGCAAGAACACAAAGAAGAAACUGCAGAAAUGUCCACGGUAAAUGUUGAAGCUGAGCCUGAGAAUGAUCAAUCCAGUGAAUCAAAAUCAAAGUUGCCAAAGCGAAACUUUCAACAAAGCUGGCUAGGGAAGUCUAAAUCCCUAAAGUUUGAUCCACUAAUUCAAAGGGUAUGUUCUGUUGGCUUUGCCAAAAAUCAAAGAAACAAAAUCCUUUUACCAUUGGUUGUGCCAACUACAGGACUUCAACAGUAGUUCCAGAUAAUGACUGUAUGUUCAAUUCACUCUUGAACAUUGCAUUUGUUGAUAACAUAACACCCGAUACAUUAGAAUAAAAAAAAAUCGAGUGACUGGGACACAUUGCCCCCCUCGAUGGAAAUCCUAGAUCAGACACUGCUAUAUCUGUGUGAUGUAAAUCCCAGGUGAGCCACAUGUUUUGAUAUAAAUCCCUUUAAUUGGCUAGAUCAUCGAUAACAGACCAGUCUUUUCCUGAGUGUCAAAGAAACAGAUUUUUUCUCAGAGUAAUUCUCAUCUCAAGUUAUAUGACAGCUGAAGCAUUCAAACUAAUACAAUAUUGAAUCUUUGUGACUUUAGCGAGCCUAGAGCAGACACUCAACUUUAAUUGAUUUUUCAGUCACUAACCAAGUUGUGAUGUUCCUUGUUUUUAGAACUCAAGAAGUCACUAUAUGCCAUUUUUUCACAGUUUGGACCUAUUUUAGACAUUGUUGCCCUCAAGACUCUCAAAAUGAGAGGUCAGGCAUUUGUAGUGUUUAGAGACCUAGGCAGUGCAACAAAUGCACUGCGAUCAAUGCAAGGCUUCCCAUUUUAUGACAAGCCAAUGGUAAGUUUGUUCAGAAACAGCAAAAUCUACAGUAGCUGCAUUUAUGGUAUGUAUGAAGUAGAUCGUCAAAGGCUUUGUGAUAUUAAAAAAAAAUCCCAUCCAAUUACAUACCAGUAAUUCGGGGAAAUUCACAAUCUGAAACUAAAACUCUCAAAUUGCGUCCCUUCAAAUAGGUCCCCUCCCCCCAAACGCUUUUGGCUAAGCCUCCCCAGUUACAUGUACACCUAUCCUUAUCCCUUUCUCUGGGGAGGUAUUUGGAGGUAUACUUGUCUGUCAUGUCUGUAGUGGGAAUUUCAAAUCUUCUUUGUCAUGUGAAAAAGAGGAAGCUAUGUUCAUGUUUGCAACUCUCUUUGCUGUCACUGACAGUUUCGAUCCAACAGUCUACUUAAAAUUUUAAAUGAACAAUAUAUAAUAAUUAUAAUAAUUUUGUUUUUGGUAUCAAAGAUUGCCUGCUUACUUGUCUCUUAACUUGCUUUCUUCAGUUGGACAAAUGAAUCUUGCAGCAUUGUUUAAUUUGAUCUUGAAGGUUUUCUCUAUACUAUUCAGAAUCUGUUCUGUGUUAUUAAGCUUUUUCAGUCUUUUAUUGCUAGCCAGUAGACAUGCCUACCUGGCUGUCAACAGCGCGUCAACUGCUUUAUAUUGUUGGAAGUUGUUGUUAGUAUGGUAGUAGAAGCUGAUCCUUGUUGACGACAAUAAAUCCUUUUUUCAUUGUGUUUGAGUGUUUUUCACGAUAUACUGUGACUUUCAAAUCACCCUUUCUUGGUAGUUCCUAGGUAGUGCCUAGUUCAUAAUGAUGAAUGAGUCAAUUUUUCCUCUCUAACUAUUUCAAUUUCAGAGGUUUGACAAGGGAAAAAAUUGUUAAAAUUAAUAAUGUUUUUUAAAUUCCUCUAACUUAGUGUAAAAAUCAUUGCACUGUUUGAACAUCAAGUGUUUCUCCCACAUGUACAGCAGUACACUGUUCUGAACAGAUUUUUCCAUAUUUCCAGAUAUGGAUUUUAUAUGAUUUAGUGUUAAUUUAUAACAACUAUUUCACUGUAACUGUGUCUUCUGUAUGCCAGAGAAUACAGUUUGCCAGAAGCAAAUCUGAUGCAGUAGCCAAACAGGAAGGAACAUAUGUACAGCGAGAGAAGAAACCACGUGAAAAGCGAAAGGCCCCUGAACAAGGUUAGUUGCCACAGUGUCUAAAGCCCCAUUUAUGUCAUUAAAUUACAUGGUUUGCACUCACCUUGAAAGUCCUUGAAAGUCGUUGAAUUUUAAAAUAUAUAUUCAAGGUCUUGAAAGUCCUUGAAAAUUUCAGUCAGUGCUGGAAAGUCCUUGAAUUUCAAUGCUAACUUUAUAGUUUAGGUAGAACUCCAAAGAAAAAGGAGCGUACACAGAAUUAUUCAUGGAUGAAAUUUCUCAUGUUGUGGAAGAACUGAAAAAGACGUAGACUCAAGGCCCUUUUUUACACUGAAUGGAGUCCUUGAAAAAUGGGAAAUGAGUCCUUGAAAGUCCUUGAAAAGUCCUUUUGUUCAAAAAAGAGUACGAACCCUGAAAUCAGGUAUCAAUUGAACUAGGUUUAUAAACAUGAAAACCUGUCACUGAAAACUUAAAGGUUGGCUUUUUCAAAGGAAUCAAAUAAGCUUUUUGGUGUGCUUUUAUUUUGGUUAAAUUUGUAGUCAAUUAAUACCAUGUAGCAGCUUGUACAGCUUUAACAAGAAAGCAAUCUUAAAGCGUGUUUUACUCAUUUGAUUAGGGAAUUUUCUGGUCACUGUACUGGCCCAAAACAUUGUAGCAAGUCACGCACUCUGCUACACUGUUGGGUGGUUUUUCUUUUUAUUUUAUUUAGAACUUCAUUUGUUGUGGUACUAGGCUUUUUUUUAAUCCCCAAGAUUGUGAAAUUGUUUCGAAGUAAGUGCAGUUGGGUAGUGGAACAAGAAUUUCUUGAGAAUUUUGUGGCUGAAGUUACAUGAACUUUUGCAUUUUUCUUUGGUCUGUUCGAAUGAAUCGUGAAGUAACAUGGAUCAAUACCGGCAUUUAAGGCUAGUUAAGAUAUGAAUGUGAUAAGAUUUAAAGUGAAUUUGGGCAGAAGAACAAAGGCUGUUUUCUCUGCAGAAUCAUCGUAAACUUUAUCAGUAAACAAUAUCAUUUCAGCUUGACUUGCAGGAAUAAAAGUUUGAUUUUCCCUUUAUAUUUUUACAGCCAAACCAGCCAAACGACAGCAGAAUGCACAGCCUGUGCCCAUGGCUGUUGCACAGCCUGUGGUCACACCAGUUGCUCAAAAUGGUAAGGACUUGUGAACAUUAUGGACUUGUGAACAUUAUUUUGUUUUUUGAAGACUAGUUUUGCCUAGCCUGCGUUGCAAAAGAAAUUUAGUCCCAGUUAGUAACGUCUGCGUAGCAGGGCCAAGAUCCUUGUUCUAGACCACAAAAGGAUUCAAUGAAUUACCAUAAUCACCGAAUUACACUCUUAACUUGAUUCGCAAAUCAACAAUGGCUUUUUUAACAAGCUAAUCAAAUCCUGGUGCACAAGAGAUGGGGGGCUCAGAACAAGGAUUUCAGACAGCUUUUGUGCAGACAGACUUAACUGGAGGUUUAGUUUGGUGCAGGCUAAAUUUUUCCAUGCCUGAUGGGCUUCUCCCUUGCAACACAUUAACAUUCCAGAUGUACAUGUUUUAUUGGUGUCCACAGUUUCCUGAGUUUCACAGUUACGAUAAUAACCUAUUUCAACUUGCCAAUGUGUAUUGAAGAUAAAAUAAAUUGAUUCUAACAGAUUGGUUAUUUGCUUUUCCACAGUGGUCCCUGCAGCAGUGCAACAGCCAGCAGUGGAACUGCCUAACAACAUCCUGUUCCUGACCAGCCUGCCAAAUGAGACUACAGAGAUGAUGUUGUCUAUGUUAUUCAACCAGUACCAUUUCUGGACUCAGCUAGAUUGUUUUAUAAACCUAAUGAAACAUCUUCUUUUAAGAGUUUCACCAUCUUUACUGAACCUCUUAAUUUGUCUUCCUUCACCUGUGUUUCACUCUCCUCGUUUUUAGCAGUUGUCAUGUGCACUCGCGUUCUGUGCUUGCUCCGUUGUCCCUCUGAAAGUUGUUCAUUUUUAAAGUGACAAGCGACGUUAUGCAGUUCGUUUAUGAAUUUUGACAGGUCAUUGUCGGGAUGGAGAAUAGUUAUAAAUGACUAGGUUUUGUUGUUGUUUGUCUCUUUUAUUUGCACUUCAUUAUUACAGAUUUCCUGGAUUCAAAGAAGUUCGCUUGGUCCCAGGUCGUUCAGACAUUGCUUUCGUGGAGUUCGAGAAUGACGUACAGUCGGGGACAGCCAAAGAUGCUCUUCAGGGAUUCCGGAUUACACCAUCACAUGCCAUGAAAAUCACUUAUGCUAAGAAGUGA